AUGGCAGCUAAGAAAGUGAAUCCUAGCUCGAGAAAAAGAAGCAGGAAAGGAAAUGAUCGAUCCGGAUCCAGCAGCGACAUGCAGCAGCGAAACGCUGAGACCGUAGACCCCGUGUCUGCAGGACUGGGAAAGAAUUUGUUGACUGCUUUAACUUCAGAAUGUCCAUCAUGGCUUCCUGCAGACGAGCGAUCCUACCUUGAUGAUAGGUUGCCAGAGACCUUGAGAAGAAUAACUAGUCCAAAAACACAGCAAGAAUUUGAAGAUCUUAUUGAGCUUGGAGAGCCCCUCAUUAUAACGGAUGCAAUGAAAGGAUGGGAGAGUUUUGGAACAUGGGAUUGUAGUUCAUUCUCCCAACGAUAUAAGGAUGCAGACUACUUUGACUGGCAGGCUAAUGUGAAGUACCAGCUAUCCAAUAUCAGCAGUAGACCUGGCUACAAUGGAAUGGCAUGUGCAGCAGGAUAUAUAGAACCAUUUUGGCCAGAAAAUUCAAAAUAUGUAAAGGAUUGGAUGAAAAAGAUGUCGCCACUUCCUAGCUUCCUCCCAAGCAAUGCCUUGCCUGAUGAUGCACCAAUAACAGGGUUUCUAGGGGUGUCAGGAACGGGUGUAUCUCCUCAUCUGGAUGAGACAUGUGAUACCUUCAUGACUGCGCAGUUCAGUGGAGUGAAGAAUUGGAGUUUAUCAUGGCCUGUGAAAGAAAAUGGGGUGGUGAAAUGGAGAAAGCCGAUAGUCUUCACACUUUACCCAGGUGACAUGAUGUUCUGGUAUGCCAACAUGAGACACCAUACGGAAGUCAUCCAUGGCUGCUCCCUUAGCUUUAGUUUCCGCAUACAAACUCCAGUACCGAAACUCUACUUUACGGAGCAGCGAAGACUCAUCUCUGACCUCGCUGAUGAGGACCGAUACAGGUUGUAUGAAGAGACGCACACUCAAAAUAAGUUCUUCCUUGAUAAAUGCCAUCUUGUCAUGAAAUAUGAUCAGGUCUUCCUUAAUUGAUCCUAGGGUUCUACAGAUUUUUUCCAUUGUAUCAUUUACUGGUAAUAUUUAUUUGCAUGAAUAUUUUGUAUCGUUACUAGGCCUGAGAGUGAAACUCAAAUAAUCAAUGUAUUCGACCAGUUUACAAACAAUCAGCAACCAAAUACUACUUAUUCACGUUAAUCAAGUGUUCACCAGAUGUUGAUUAUUGAUUUGAGAUUUUUCGAUUAUCAAAGUUCAUGGCUAUAAUCUUUGAUAUUUGGAACGGCCCAAUGGAAAUUGGUGAAAAAUAAUUGACACGAUCCAUGCAACUGCUAAAAUUACUGACAUCUUCCCAUUUGUUUGCUUGGCUGAGAGAAAAUUGCCCGUGUGAAACUAGCAGUUGUUACUGAUUUCAAAUCUUUAUUUAUAAAAACAGGGACCGAGAGAGACACUCCCACUUUGCCAGUUUGGGACUAGUCCUGAAAUGUGCAAAACAGAGAUCCAAGGGGGUGUUUCACAAAGAUUCAAGUAUGACUUAGAGUCGCACUUAAAUAUCUAGUUGCGCACAGUAUAAAAGGCAUGACAGUAUUGAUCAGAUCAUGCCAAGAGGACACGCACUUCUGCGUAUUGAUCAAUAAGUUUGCGUGUUACAUGUCAUGUACACGUCGGCAUUUAAGUGCAACCUAAGUCAUACUUCAAUCUUUGUGAAACACCCCCUGGAAAUACUUCAGAAAUUUGAAUGACUGAAGAAAAUUUAUACUUUGUUGUUAAUUCUUGAUAGCGGAUAUGUUGGUUAAUGAAUUGGAAAAAAAUAAUGAAAGUAGAUGAAAGUGAUGGGGCUAUGGAGCAAGGAUAAUUUUUUUUCUUUUUUUUUUAAUGGCUGUGAUGUUUUAGAUGUCAACUCAGAUAUAUCUUGAACAGAACUUGAUCAGUUUUGUGGAUUUUUGAAAUGAUAUUUUGUAUACAGUACAUAUAUUUGUUAGACAUGAGUCUCCUUGUAAAUCUUGUGCAAUGAUUCCUUAAAUAAUUUGAAUAAAUGUUAAAGUUUGAAAACCUUCAUACUUUACUAGAGAAAGGUAAUGUAUAUUGAGUGCUAGAAUGAGCUGUGCAAUAUUUGGAAAUAAUCAUGCACAUUUCGAAAUUAUUUAUUGAUUUUGUGCCAAAUAUACCUGACGAAUAAAGUAAUAUACAGAUAGCGAAUACCUAGGCAUGAGUGCGAUAGUGAGAGAUUUCGCAUAAGGUGAAAGAAAGAUGCUCUAUUCAACGAGGUGUUAGCUGAGUUGAAAUAAAGUGUCUCUUUUUUUAAACAAAUGCAAAAUCUCGCGCCAUUGCACGAAUAAUAAUAUUUGUUUUUUGUGUUGUACAACGCCUCGGAAGUUAAUACGAACAAUAAUCGUUUUUUCCAACGUAAAUCUAUGAAAAUAACAAAGAAAAUUUUUAAAGUGAAAGGAAAAGCCUUUCAAACGCGCAUCUGAUCUGCAGCAGCAAUGCGCAUUUUAGCCAGUAUGCCCGGCCCUAUGCGCAUUGCACCUGCAUUUACUAAGUGCAUGCAAUGCAUUGAAUCAUUUUUAUAGUGAUAGCACCUUUUCCUGACUCGUGCAACGGUACAUUAUGGACGGUACGUGUGCAAUGGUACAAAUGUUUCACAUUCAGCCUCUCAUUUGCCCGCGUACAACAAGCUAAGUAGACAUUGUACAAUUGAAGUUGAUACCGCCAUGAUAUACAUCAACAAGUGCAUUAGUGAGAAUUACAAGAUAAGUUAGGAACUGUUUUAACACAUCUUCUGGAUUACAACUUUUUACUUUUAAAGGUUGGCAGCUCUGUAUAAUACUUUAGAGUUCAAAUAUAAACAUACUGUGCACUAUCAGUUAUUACUGGCGAUAUUAGCCCCGCCCACAGGAUCAGAGAUUGAUUGCGCAUCCAUUUAGACGUUAGUGCCUCGUUGCCUGAAGUGUUGAUUGAUCUUCAUUCAGAUCUUGUAACAAUUACGACUUUUUACUUUUUAAGGUUGGCAGCUAUACUUCACAUAUAUAUAAUAACAUACUGUGCACUAUCAGUCAUUACUGGCGAUAUUAGCCCCGCCCACAGGAUCAGAUAUUGAUUGCGCAUCCAUUUAAACGUUAUUGCCUCGUUGCCUGAAGUGUUGAUUAAACUUCAUUCAGAUCUUGUAACAAUUGACGAUCUGCCACCACUUGCUACUGAUAGUGCUAGUAAUCGCAAGUAGGAAAAGAGAAUACAUCACUUCCUUGUUUGUCACGAAUUUGUUUCCAAUGUCAUUCAGUUAAUAAUGAUAAAAUGGAUCUGGCAUUUGGCUCUCAUAUUUCCUCCAAUACACAUUCUCUGCUUAGAUGAUAAGACUUAAUUUGAGCAACAUUUAUCAUGCUUUGUCAGGAGUGCCCUUAUCACUUAUCAUUAGAAAAUCUGACAAUAUGACAACAACCAUUGUUUUUAGGAGAAACAAAAUCCAGGAUUUGUGCCAAGUCACAUCACUUUUUUUACUAAACAACAAAUGCCCUUGAAAAUUUUAAGUAGCAAUUUCUAUUUGAAUCAAGUGCCAUUGAAUGUUAGAAUCAUAUCAGCAAAAAAAUU